ACCUCCUAUCCUUAUUACUGAAGGCUGAAGACUGACCAUAGAAGAGCCCGGAUUACUUUUCCUCUGUUGACAUUGGAGAAAAACUAAAUGUAAUUAUUAAGCUUCUUGCAUCUUGACACUUAUCUGUGAGAUUAAAUUUAUUGAAAAAACUGCCUACGUGAUAAGCAUUGGGAUAUUAUCAAUCUAUACUGUUAAACCAAUUCAAUGAAUGCAACAAACAUUAACUUUUUAGGCGGCUUUUUCACGUUUUCUGCCUAAACUCGCGUUCCACCUUGACAUUAUCUAAGUUAUGAUAUGGUUUAUGCACCAACGAAAAUAAGUUUUAGAUACUAAAAGCUUUCUGUUACAAACAUAUCCCGCCAAUAUUCAUAUACUAUUGUUCUCUAUCUGGAACGCUAAGCAGAGUUACAUACUAAAUGAAUAAAACUGACCCACUGUGUGUACAGCUGUUAAAAAGUUUAAUUCUAUGCAGCGAAAAAGCUGCUGUCAUAGCUCGUACAAUCAAAAGGCAAACUAGCAUCUUUCAAGCACUUGUACAAGUGAAAGAUUCAACUGAAGCUAAUUUAAGAUUUAGCGUAGACGUCAAAACUUUGGCCGAUGUAUUAAUUCAAGAAGUUGUGAAGUACGAUCUAAAUUUACUUUUUCCUGGAUUCAAUGAUUCAGUGUUUGGUGAAGAAAAUAAUCGUUUUUCUGGCAGUUCCGGUAAAACAGUUACAAUUCAACUAUCCUCGAAAGAAAAUCUUUCUGAUCUUUUAGUUGAUGUUUUAGGCAACGAUAUAGAUUUUGCAAAUCAAUUAAGUGAGAUUUGUUUUCAACCGCUAGAAUCAUUUCAAACACAAUUUUCAGUGCAUAAUAUUUGGGAAAAUUUGAUCUCCAGUUGUAAUUCAUUAUUUAAAAUAACGGAUACAAAAUAUUGUGAUAUUGAAGCAUUCGGUGUAUGGAUUGAUCCAAUAGACUCAACAGCUGAUUAUGCUCAAGGUCAAUUCGACAAAUUCCAUUUCACCCCACCUAAUACUUCAUCUACUACAUUAUCUGGUACAGAAGCAGAAAAUGUGAAUCAAAUUCAUAAUUUUUUUGAAAAUCCAACUAGUCUCAUUCGUUUCUAUCAUGGUAGCCUUAUCAAUGUUACCAUUUUAUUAGGGUUAUUUGAUUGUUCUACUGGUUUACCAUUAAUUGGUGUUAUCAAUCAACCAUUUUAUCUAAAUAAUAAUAAUAAUAAUGAUAAUACGUUAAAUGAUGGAAUAAAUUCAUUAUAUAAUUAUGGACGAAUAUUUUGGGGUUUCAAUUUUAUUGAUUCCGCGGAUUCUUCAUCUAUUACUAGAUCCUCAAAUAAUUGUUCUACUAGAACUUUAUUGAAUCAUUUAGACAAUUUAAACAUACCGAAAUAUCUACAUUUUCCAGAUCAUUUUUUUGAUAUUCUAUGUCCAGAUCAAGUAUAUAAUGAAGAAAAACCAAUAUUAAAACUUGCUUGUAGUUCUGUUGAAUUUAGUCGUUUAACUAAUUUAUUUCAUAACUAUAAAGAUGCUAAUCAAGAUUUAGUUAACGUUGUUUUCUUGUCAUCAUCUGGAGCUGGUUUUAAACAAUUAUGUGUAAUAUUAGAUGAAGUGGAUGCAUUUAUUUUAAUGGAACCAAAUACAUUCGUAUGGGAUACCUGUGGACCUCAUACAAUCAUCAAUUCAUUAGGUGGAGGUGUUAUUCAAUUAAAAUCUAUAUUAAAUUCUAUUAAAUUAUUAAUACAAAAUCAUUCAAAUAAUUUAGAUAUAAUAAUACAAUUAAUAUUGAAUGAUUUACAUAAAUAUCAAAUACAAUAUAAUAUAUUGAAAUCAUCCGAAGAGAAUCGAACCCUUAAUUCAAUCAAUCUUUCUAAAUGUUGUAAUCGUAAUGGUUUAUUAGCUUAUCGUAAUCCAUUAAUAGCUAGUCAAAUUCUUCUACAUAUUGCAUUAAAUCAAAAAUAGUUUACAUAACAAGAAUAAUAUUGAACAUUUAACAAUGGACAUAUACACUUACACAAACACACACACACACCUAUAGAUGUACAUAGAAACAACUGUGAUACAUUUUCUUGAAUCAUAAAAUAGAUCAUUAUCCAUUUUUUUAAUCCAUAGAAACAAAGAAGAUUAGUAAAGAUUAAAGGAGUAAUAUAUUUUAUUUAUUCAUUUCAUUCCAUAUAAAUAAUGAACAAUAUAUAUAUAUAUAUGUAUCAUUAUUGAUUUUGGAUUAUAUCCCUUAAUCAAAAGAAAAAAAAAUUAAACUUAUUAUUGAUUGAUUAUUAAUUGAUUAUCAAUAAUGGUAAUGCCAAAAUAAAUCAGAAAAUAAAUUCUUAAAUGAUGAUAUUCAACAGAAUUCUAAUAUAUUUAUAAAUCAAUCAAUCAUUGAAUGAUUGAAAUCAAUAUUUAAAAAAAUCAAUAUUAUAAGGAAUGAUCAAUCAAUCAUUCUAUAUAUAUAUAUAAGGUUAUGCAGGUUUCCCCGUUUUUGUGUUUUGUUCCAAUUGUUUUUUUUUUCAAGUUUUCACAUUUAUUUAUUUAUUUUUGUUUAUUGUUAUGAUUAACAAAAAUAGUAGUACAUGGUGAUUACCCUAAUAGAUGACCUAUGGGUUUUAGAUUAGAACCCUGUAGUAGUUAUUACUUUUUAUUUUAGUCUAGACAAUCAAAUUACAUUACUAUUUCUCUGAUACAUAGAAACAAUAUUACUCAUAAUUGAAUAAAUAAAUUACUAUUUGGUAAGUGAAUUACAUAACAUGAGGAACGAUAGUAUAGUGUGAUCUACUUAUAUCCAUAUAAGUAGUAUAUGGUGAUGGUUAGACAUAGAAUGUAUUUUGAUAGAAGAUCGAUAAGGAAAGAACUGAAAUAAAGCGCGAUCUGUAGGAAAAUGCAUGAACAAUGAAAUAAGAGAAGAUGAACUGAUAUUUACAGAAGGAACAGUUAAGAUUGAGACAAUUGAUUGAUAGCUUGCAAAUUAACUGUUGACUGUGUGGUUAUCAGAAUUUAAUGAGAUAGUCUGUAAUUUUUGCUU